CAAAAAUGCUACUUUUUCACGGCAAAUAUCUAAAACACCAUCCAUCUGUAGACCGGUACCAACUCUCCCUCUCUUUUUUUUGGGUACAAGAUUCCUCGCUCUUAGACUUCUUUUCUUCUUCUUCUUCACUUCACCCUAUAAAGGGGGAAGGCCGUCCAAGAAUCAUCAAACCAAAUAAGCCCGAUCUCUCUUUCAGCUUUUACUUCUUCUUUACCCCAUAAAAUUUGUUGCUCAACCAGUUUGAUUAACCUUUCUUUCAAGGCUAACUACAUGGACAGGGGAAAAAACCAUCAGCUUCACAUUUGCUUCUUCCCAUUUAUGGCCCAUGGCCAUAUGAUUCCAAUGAUGGAAAUCGCCAGGCUAUUCGCUACAAGAGGCUUAAAGAUAAGUAUAAUCAGCACUCCUGUCAACGUUCCUCAGUACUCCAAAUUUACAGAGAGAAGCAAAAUUUUGGGUUACCAAGUUGACAUUCUAGUCAUCAAAUUCCCUUGUGUGGAGGCUGGAUUGCCUGAAGGAUGUGAGCAUCUGGACAUGGCUCUCUCUGGUGACUUAAACAGAAAUUUUUUUACGGCCGCAGGCAUGCUUGGUCCACAACUCGAGCAGCUCUUGAAAAAGCAUCGUCCAGAUGGCCUUGUUGCAGAUAUGUUCUUUCCAUGGGCAACUGAUAUUGCACAUAGUCUUGGAAUUCCAAGAAUUGUAUUCCAUGGCACAGGUUUCUUCUCUUUAUGUGCUGCAGAAUGUGUAAGAUUGUAUGAGCCUCACAAGAAGGUUUCAUCUGAUACAGAACCCUUCGUCAUCCCCAAUUUUCCAGGGGAGAUCAAAUUGACAAGAAACCAAUUGCCACAUUUUGCUAAAAUAGAAGGACACCACUUUGCCCAGUUGCAUAUAGAUAUUAAAGAAUCCGAGCUCAAGAGCUUUGGGGUUCUUGUCAACAGCUUCUAUGAGCUAGAACCAGCUUAUGCUGAUCAUUUCCGGAAUGUUUUUGGAAGAAAGGCAUGGCAUGUGGGCCCUGUUUUUCUAUGUAAUAGUGACUUUGAAGAUAAGGCAAAUAGGGGUAAAGAAGCCUCAAUUGAAGUACUGGAGUGUCUGAAAUGGCUGGAUUCUAAGAAACCGAACUCGGUUGUUUAUAUAAGCUUUGGAAGCCUCGCAAGGUUCACUUCUUCACAACUUCUCGAGAUUGCAAUGGGUCUUGAAGAUUCAGGGCAGCAUUUCAUUUGGGUGGUGAAACAAGAAGGUGAUGGUCAAGAAGGUAAAGAAGAGUGGUUGCCUGAGGGAUUUGAAGAAAGAAUGGAAGGAAAGGGACUUACAAUAAAAGGGUGGGUACCACAAGUGUUGAUUCUUGAACAUGUAGCAGUAGGAGGAUUUCUGACUCAUUGUGGAUGGAAUUCAGCACUUGAAGGAAUAGCUGCAGGAGUGCCAAUGGUAACAUGGCCUGUAUCUGCAGAGCAGUUUUAUAAUGAAAAGUUGGUGACUGAAAUUUUAGGAGUUGGAGUUGGCGUUGGUAUACAGCAGUGGGUUGUAGUGGUCGGUGAUUGUGUGAAGAAAGAAGCCGUGGCGAAGGCAGUGAAUCACAUUAUGGUAGGCAAGGAAGCAGAGGAAAUGAGGACCAGAGCAAGAGAGCUUGGAGAACUAGCAAGGAGGGCUGUUGAAGAAGGUGGGUCUUCUCACUCUGAAUUGAAUGCUCUCAUUGAAGAAUUGAGGAAUAAGAAGAUCUAGAGAUGGUUCAUACAUUGUCUUGGCAUAUGGCAUGCAGGGUGUCUACGUAGAAGUCCUGAAGUGAGAAUGCUAAACACAUUGUAGCGUUCUGCAAGAUCUUUCUUAGUUUCAUCUCCACGUAGGGAGUGAAUUUUUUUGUGGAGAGAUUGCAUCAAGAAAAAGAGCUGAUGUCAAGCUGCAAUGAUCAACAUAUUUCUCUUAAAUAUUAUCCUUUCUUUGGCAGAUU